UGCCCCUUCUCGCCGCCCCGCCCCGCGCCUCUGCCGGCCGGGUUGCUGUCAGCUCCCUCAUCGUCCGGCAGAGACGUGGUGUAUGCUGAGCCGCUGCGGCCGCCAGCUGCUGCAAGUCCUGGGCCUUAGCUUCCCGCUGCUUACCCACCGGCCGCAUAUUCUCUACCCUCACCGCCUCAUGAAGCCGCUGGUCGUCUUCGUCCUCGGCGGUCCCGGCGCCGGCAAGGGGACCCAGUGCGCCCGCAUUGUCGAGGAAAUGGAUCAGACAAUGGCUGCCAAUGCUCAGAAGAAUAAAUUCUUGAUUGAUGGGUUUCCAAGAAAUCAAGACAACCUUCAAGGUUGGAACAAGACCAUGGAUGGGAAGGCAGAUGUAGCUUUUGUUCUGUUUUUCGAUUGUAAUAAUGAGAUCUGUGUUGAACGAUGUCUUGAGAGGGGAAAGAGCAGUGGUAGGAGUGAUGACAACAGAGAGAGCUUAGAAAAGAGAAUUCAAACAUAUCUUCAGUCAACAAAGCCAAUUAUUGACUUAUAUGAAGAAAUGGGGAAAGUCAAGAAAAUAGAUGCUUCUAAAUCUGUUGAUGAAGUUUUUGAUGAAGUUGUGAAGAUUUUUGACAAAGAAGGCUAACUCUAAACCUGAAAGCAUCUUUGAAAUCAUGCUUGAAUAUUGCUUUGAUAUAGCUGCUGUCACAAUCUCUUUUUAAGGCAAUUUUAAUGUUUCAUAAUUACAUCACAAUUAAUGGCUAGAAAGUAUGUAGUAAGACAAAUUAAAGUUUUUAUCAGUUUUUUUUGGGGGGGGUCAUAGGAAUAGAGAGUGAAUUCGGGUCUAACUUUAUCUUAGCCAUGGUGCUCACAAAACAAAGAAGGGUAUUAGCUAGUUCUUGUUUUUAUUCAAAAAAGAUAUCCCUUUUAUAGUUUGUGCCUUCUGUGAGCAAAAUUUUUUAGUAUAUAUGUAUCUCCCUUUAGUAAUUACAACAUGUUGGGAUUAAGGAUUCCUCAUUUCCUCUUUUUCUUGCAGGUUUUAAAUUUCCAACCUGUUAAGUGAAUUUGUGGACCAAAUUUCAAAGGAACUUUUUGUGUAGUCAGUUCUUGCACAAUGUGUUCGGUAAACAAACUCAUAAAAUGAAUUCCUAGAAGUGUUUUAGUAUUUAUCAAAUAACUGACUAUUUUCUAUAGGAUGGUAAGAAAAGUUAGGCUUUGUUUUACUACAGCUUGUACAAAGUUGUGUGACAGGGCAUAGUCUUUGCUUCCAGGGAUCGGGAUGGGGGCACUGGGGGUUCAGAGCCUGGCAGAAUUGUCAACCUUAUUCUAACACAAAUCUGAGGAUAAGGGGCAAGGAUCACAUUUAAUAACGUGUUCCUCAUGCUCUAUUAGUGUUAUUAAUAAUUAAACUGAUCUUAACAAAAUUCCUAGCAGUGGAACCUUAACAUGCAUGUACUAGGUUUAUGGUAAAAUGGUUUUUUGGUUUGUUUGUUUUCUUGAUUAAAUAUAAGGUUAGUAUAAUGUCGAAGGAA